AUGAUUUUAAAGAUAUUAAGAAAAAGACAAGCAAAUACUAUGUCAAGGUUAGAAAAUGUUUCUUUAUGUAUUUUAAAGAAAAUUCGACAUUUUUAUACUGAGAAAGCAUGCAAUGAGAACGCAAAGUUAGGAUCUAAGAAAGAAAAUAGGAAUCUAAAAAGCAAUGAUAAAAAAAAAAUUCAAAAUAAAAAGAGAUUUUCUGAACAAUCCGAUUAUAUUAAAUGGCUUGUAGAUCCAAUGGAAGGUGGUCAAUAUAUAAAACCAUUAUCUAAAGCUGGUACGAAUUUUAUUCAUCAAAAAGAAUAUCCAUAUCCUUUGAAUCCUAAAUUUAAACCACAGCCUCCAUUAAGUCUUGAAGCAAGAAGAAAUAUUGGAGAGAAAUGGAAACAAGGAAAAAGUCUAAGAGAAAUUUCUGAUAUGUUUGGUAUAAGCGUUAUACGUGUAGAAGCAGUUCUUCGUCUUCUUGAACUUGAAUCUAAAUGGCGUCAAGAGGAAAGAACCCUUGAUUCAUAUGCUCAAACUAUGCAUCACAUGCUUGGUUCUGCUACAAAUCAGUCAUUUAAUGAGCCUCCGUUUUUUGUUUUUACUCCUUCUGAAACUCAAAAUUUCACUUUAAUACAUGAAAAUUCUGAAUUUACUUCAAAAGAUGCUGCUGAUGAAUUACAAAGAUGUCUAUAUUCUGAUUUUAAAGAGAAAGUAAUACAAUUUCAGUCGAAUACCUUUUUGCAUAACAAACAUGAUAUUUCAAAUAAAGAACUAAAAUUACAAAAAGAAAUAAUCAAUUCAAUUUCAGAAAAAAAUAGAUUUGAUUUAAAAGUUGUUGAUUCCUAUACGGGUAAUAUUUGGUUACUAUCUAAAGGUCUUUUGAAACAAAUUAAAAUUAAAUAA